GUUAAAGAUCCCGGCUGCAUGGACCACGUCGCAUUGGGACAGUGAGUGACAGGCUAACUCUUGCGGAGAAUAAUUCAGUGGAAAGCCAGAAAAGAUGGCGGGUGAGAACGUACAGAUUCUUGCGGAUGGGACCGUCCACGUGAUAAUGAGCCCAACAGAGAAACUGUCCAACGGCAUUGGUGAUGUGCACUGCAACAAGCAUAACAACAAUGGAACAAUAACUUUGCCCAAUGGUAAAGUUCUUGAGAUAACUGCUGUAGAGAAUGGGAAACUCAUUGCCAAUGGUGAUGAGAAGUCCAAUAGUCUCCAAACAGAAUUCGAUGAGGCUGAUAUUUCCUGCGGAUGGGGCCCAUGCAGACCGAACUGGUUGCAAUUGUUUGCAACUAAACAGGCAUUUUUGGUCACAUUCUGUCUUACUUGGGUGCUUCAAGGGAUGUAUUAUACAUACUUCGUCUCAGUGAUAACGACGAUAGAGAAGCUCUUUCAAAUUCAAUCAAAGACAACAGGAAUCAUAAUGUCAGCAACUGAAAUUGGACAAAUCGGUUCAUCGCUUCUGCUGACAUACUACGGUGGCCAGGGACACAGGCCCAAGUGGAUUGCCUGGGGCAUGAUACUCUUCGCCGCCAGCUCCUUGACCUGCUCUAUGCCUCACUUCAUCUACGGUGAACAACUGAUAAAACAGAACGAAAAACAGUUCAGCGCUGUUGGUCCUGAUGGUCAAGGAGGUGGACCUAACUUCACUGAUCCCAUUCCAGCGAAUUUAUGCAAAUUCAACGGAACAAUUGGAGCAACAAGUUCACCACAUUCUACCACUGACGCAGCAAAAUACUGCGAGGGUGAAUUCCUGGAUGAUCAACUAAUCCAGAGUAAGAUAACAACAGUGGUACUGACAAUAUUUUUUGUCUCCCUGUUGGGCGUUGGUAUGGGACAAACUGCGGUCUACACACUCGGUAUACCAUACAUAGACGACAACGUUGCAUCCCGAGAGAGUCCUUUGUAUUUCGCCAUUACAAUAGGGGUAAGGAUUCUCGGUCCUGCUCUUGGGUUUAUCCUUGGAUCACUAUGCACGAUGCUCUACGUUGAUCUUGCUGCUGAACCGCAGAUCACACCCACUGAUCCGAGAUGGGUUGGUGCUUGGUGGCUUGGUUUAGUUUUGAUAGCUGCGAUGCUCAUGCUGGUCAGCAUUGCCAUGUUCGCCUUUCCCAGUCGAUUGCCAGCCAGUCGAUCUGCACCCAAGAUAGAGGAUUCGAAGAAACCGAGUCUCAGAGAUUUUCCGAAAGCGGUGAAGAGACUUUUGAAGAAUGACAUACUCAUGUUCAGGACUGCCAGUAGUGUACUUCACAUAUUACCUAUUGCUGGACUCUACACGUUCUUACCAAAAUACUUGGAAACUCAGUUUCGACUUCCUGCUCAUCAUGCAAAUAUGAUCUCAGGUGUGGGAGGAAUCCUCGUAAUGGGUCUGGGCAUUAUAAUCAGCGGAGUAUUCAUCCUGCGAGCAAAACCAAAUGCACGAUUUGUAGCUGCUUGGAUAGCUUUCACUGCUGUUGUCUAUGCUGUAGGAAUGGGCAUUCUUAUGUUCAUCGGUUGUCCGAUGGACGAUUUCGCUGGGCUCACAACGAACGCAGAGGGGAUUCCUGGUUUUGAGCCGACGUGCGAGCCCAGCUGUGACUGUGAUCGUUAUAAAUUCAGUCCAAUUUGUGGGGCUGAUAGAAAAACCUACUUCUCGGCCUGUCACGCUGGCUGCUCCAAUUACACUGUGACUGAUGGCAAAGUUUCUUUGUUUUCGAAUUGUCAAUGUAUUGGCCAGAACGAAACAUUUCCAGAGUUACUGAGUACAGCGAAGAUAGGUUACUGCGAACUAGAAUGCAAUAACAUCUGGGUUUACAUGAUUCUCUUCUCAGUAUUUGUUUUCAUCCAUUCGACGAGUGAAGUAGGUUCAAUGUUACUGAUACUCAGAUGUGUGGAUCCCAGGGACAAGGCCAUGGCCUUGGGGCUCAUACAAUUUGCCAUUGGAUUAUUCGGAAAUGUACCUUGCCCGAUAGUUUAUGGUGCUGUAGUGGAUUCAGCCUGUUUGGUUUGGGAGUAUGCCUGUGGGGAACGGGGAGCCUGUUGGCUUUACGACUCAAACAUAUUCAGGAUGUUCUUCCAUGGUACAACCGGUGGUAUCCUCCUCUUAGCAUUCAUAGUUGACGUAGUUGUGUGGUACAAAGCAGGAAGUAUAAAUUUUGUCGACGACCAAACGGGUGAUGAUGCCUCCGCAGAAGAAAUGACAACCCUAAAGUCACAAGACGCCCAAGCAGUCGUGAAUGACUACAGACGAAAUUCAUUUUGAAUGACGUAAAAACAGACAAAAAGAAAAUAUAUAAUUAUUUUUCCAUGAAAACUUAUGGGCGAAAGUGCAGGAGCUCGAUUCGUGUUUCGGUUAAAUCGCCGACUCAAGAAAGCAUUCAGUCAACCGGAUCGAGUGACAAUGGGGUAAUCUGAAGAGAAAAUUCUCAUUUGGGAGAAUAAAUGGAAUACCACAUCGACUAUUCAACUGCGUUAUUACAGUGAAUUUUUAGGGAGUAAUCUUAGGAGUAAGAGUUGCCAUAGUGAGUGUGUAGUUGGGUAAUUAUGUGGAAACACAAGCGGAUUUUUAUUUCAUCGAACGAAGGAAAGGUAGUGGGAUUUAAUGUUGCUUUGAAAUUCACCUAUUAGGUAUUUUUUUUGUUACUGAAGGAAAACAAAAAUGAGGAAUUAAGGAUGUUUAUCCUAAUCCCCAAUCUAGCAAGAAUUAUUUUAAAGACUAGGGGACUCUGCCCCGUGCUCGCUCCGCUCACCAACGCCCGUAUGAUCCACAUAUGACCUCCAUAAUCCUUAAACUGACCCUUGUGACCCUUAAUCCGACCCUCGUGACCCUUAAUCUGAUCCUCGUGACCAUUAUGACCUUUAAUCUGACUCUCGUGACUCUUAUAACUCUUAAUCUGACUCCUGUGACCGUUAAUCCGACCCUCGUGACCCUUAUUCUGACCCUUGCGGCUCUUAU